UGCUGCCUGCGCUCUGCGAUUCGCGUAAACAUCCAUGUAUUAAUCGAACAAAAUAUGUGUAUGAUAAACUUAGGAAUGUGUGUGUGUGCGUGUGCAUCACACACAGAAAAGAAGCGAGAUAGUACAGUAAGCAUUACGAGAUUCUGCAGAAACGCAAAAAGAUCAAUUGUCAAAUAUCAUGGAACCAUUGUCAAAGAAAUUAAAAACUAUUGACGAUCCCGAAAGUGAAAUUAACGUUAUUAAAAGUGAUGAUAUCGAAAAAUAUAAAAUGCAUGCAAGCUUAGAAUUUGAUAAUCAUGAAUGUGUAAUUAACUCAAACGAUAAAUGGGACGAAAAAAAAGAAGAUCCAAUUUUUUUAACAGAUGAGGAUUCAUUUGUAUUUCCACCUGACAAUGAUAUAUCUGAUAUGUUGGAAGGCAUCGACUACAGUGGUUCGUUACCAACUAUUACCGAACGUUACUUUUCUACGUAUUAUAAAGUUGACGUUCAAAGACCCGGAGACGAUAUGUGUAUCAGAAUACACAGUAAUCGUAUUUGUUUAAUUUCGUUAGCACCGAGUCAUAAUAUUUUUCAAAAUGAUAACAAAAUAUUAAAGGUUGAUUACAAAGUAAGUGAUAAGUUAGACAGAAUGCUAAAUAAGGUGUCUGGAAAAAGUAAACAUGGUGCUCAACCUUUACAAGUUAAUUCUAACAUUUGUGCAAUAUCAUGUUCGGAUGGACAAAUAUACACAAUAAAGUGCUGUAUUAUUGGAAAAUUAAUAGAAGUUAACGAAAUAUUGUUGCAUUAUCCUGAACUUUUAAAGGAACCACCGCACAAAGGUGGAUACUUGGCUCUUGUGCUGCCUAAUUUAAAGCUAUUGGAUAAAAUAAAAGAUACGUUACUAACAUUAGAGGAAUAUAAAACAUUUAUACUCUCUCGAUCUAAGAUCUAAAUUUUCUAAUAAUUGAUUAUAUAAAGACAAUAAUAUGAUUUGCCUUUAACGAAAGUAUAAAACUUAAAUUAAUAAAAAUACAUAUAUAAGAUUAUAAUUAUUUUUGAUAUGACGGUCCGUAUAUGAAAUUUUAAUAAGAACAAUAUCUUCAAUCGUAUAUUUCGGUAAAAGGCUCUAAAUAAUCUUAUUUCAUGUAAUGAUCGUAAAAGAUGGAAAAGAGGGUAGAAAAUGAAAGAGAGAGAGAGAGAGAGAGAGAACCAUACAAGUGACAAGUAUUGUAUUGUGUAUUUCCUUUUCUAGAUUAAAUUACAUAUAUCGGAGAAUUAUAAAUUUGGUAAAUUUCACUAAUCAAUGGCACUCUAACGACUUGUAUCUUUAUUUUAUACAAUCUUUUCCUCCAUCUUGCUUAUUUUUUUGAUCUUGCUUCUUUGGAAGGUCUUUCAAUAAAUUGCUCAAAAUAAUACCUACGAAAAUCAUCAUUCCUAUUCUUUGAUUAGAUAUAAAUUUUUGAGCACAAUCCUUGGGAUUAUUGAUAUCUAAAGUACAUAUCUAAAACCAAAUAUAUAUAUAUAUAUAUAUAUAUAUGUAAAUAUUACAAGUAUGUGCUUUGUUCAUAGCAAUAUAUAUUAUACGUAAUGAUAAUUGUUUACCUGAUUGACAAGAUGCUUUCCAGUUAAUCCUACUGCAACGUAAUAUGGCCAAGUUUGCGCAGUUACAAUACCAGAUGUUAUUAAUCCUGCUAUCAUAGUUAUUCCAAAUGCUGACAAAUACAGUUGUGUUUUAUCUCCAAACUUUAACGCGGUCGAUUUAAUGCUUAGUAGUAAAUCGUCUACCUUAUCCUAAUAUAAUAGUAUUCUUAAUAAUGUCAUAAUAUUCUUAAACGUCAUGGAAACGAUCGAAUGCAUCUACGCUUACUUGGUGAGCAUAAAUGGUAUCGUAUAUGAUAGUCCAACAAACUCCAGCAGCAUAAAGCGGUAGGCAUACGGACCAAUCGCACGACUCUCGCACUGCGGACCAUCCUAAGAGAGCACCCCAAUUGAAAGUCAUUCCCAAUAUAAAUUGAGGCCAAUAUGUUAUUCUUUUCAUCAAAGGAUAAAUUAUUACUAAACCU